UACGUUCACAAUAGUGUCGUGGUGGUGGCCUCGUGGUGGCAGUGGAUAUAUGAAUAGUCUGGAGUAGCGCCGGUUCUGCGUUCUGAUUACUGUAGGCUAUACCGCACGUUCAACUUUCAUCAUGUUGUACGACUUAUUCGACGAUGUGCGGCGUAUGAACGCGCGUCAGAUCGUGUAUCAAACGCUGAGCUUUGGCAUGAUAGUCACGUCAGCGCUGAUGAUAUGGAAGGGCAUGAUGGUCAUUACUGGCAGCGAAAGUCCUAUUGUAGUUGUCUUGAGUGGUAGUAUGGAGCCUGCGUUUCAUAGAGGUGAUUUGCUCUUCCUUACCAAUUAUCGAGACGAGCCAGUGAGAGUAGGAGAGAUUGUUGUUUUCAAAAUCGAAGGCAGAGAGAUACCUAUUGUACACAGAGUACUUAAACUUCAUGAGAAGGGUGGCCGAAAUAAUACGGUCAAGUUUCUCACAAAAGGUGACAACAAUUCUGUCGAUGAUCGAGGCCUGUAUGCACCUGGUCAACUCUGGUUGACACACGAGGAUGUGGUUGGUCGAGCAAGAGGCUUCCUACCAUAUGUCGGCAUGGUCACUAUAUACAUGAAUGAAUAUCCUAAAUUUAAGUAUGGAAUAUUAUUGUGUCUUGGACUGUACGUUUUAAUACACAGAGAAUAAAACUGCUUGAUAAGAUUAACACAUUAUGUUGCGAUAAUCUGACCGUUUCUGAGGGAAUGCACAAUUUACAAAAAAUAACACACCAAACUAUGCACAACAGAAUAAUUUAGUGCAUACAGGUGCUGAUUUUGUACUAUUUAUG